UUUGGACUCAGUUGGAAAUCUUUAUAUCACUUGCAACAUGGCAAUGUUGUUUGAGAUUUCCUUUGAGAAGAAAUAUUUACAAACAAGUAAUAAGUAAAUUCAAAACAUGUUUACUGAUUUUGCGUGUUUGCACAUUCUUCUUCACCUGGCUCUUAGUACUCAUAACCAAUUGAAUAAUGACUCGUAUAUUGAAAUGUUUUACCUCUACGAUAAAUACUUACGCAAAUUUAAAUUUAUAAAAAAAAUACUAUUGAUCGUAUUUUUAAUGGGAUCCAUCUUUGUUACAAAUACUCUUUGGAGAAAUUACUACACACUUUCUGAUUCUGUUCUGAAGAUUGAUUCAGAUCGAAAUUCUGUUAUUAAAGGAAAGAACAUUACUAAAUUGAAAUACAUUUUACUUUGGACGAAUCCAAGUAAUUUUCCAUUUGUUUAUUUUGGAGAAGGUACUAAAGUGUUUGAAGAAAAAAAUUGCAAAUGGACAAACUGUUUUGUGACUGGCGUCCGAAAUCAUCUGGACGAUUACCGAAAAUUCGAUGUGAUCGUUUUCAAUGGACCACAAUUGAAAGAUUGCUUCGAUGCAGGUGACUUACCUAAAAGUCGAUCUAAGCAUCAGAAAUAUGUCUACGCAAAUAUUGAGUCUGCCGCCAACUAUCACCUAUGCGCUAAAACAUGGAAUGGAUUUUUCAAUUGGACAUGGACUUAUAAGCUAGAUUCCGAUGCUGUAUGGGGUUAUUUUACAAUAAAAAAUUCUACAGGUCACGUUGUGGGUCCUAAAUUAAAUAUGGAAUGGAAUGUAAAUACGAAUACUGUCGAUGAAAAUUUUAUUAUGAAAUUAAAAUCAAAGAAAAACACAGCAGCUUGGUUCGUCUCAAAUUGCUUAACAUUAAGCCAUAGAGAAGAUUUUGUAGAAGAAAUUGGUAAACAUUUAAAAAAAUAUGGUUUAAGUAUUGAUGUUUAUGGUUUGUGCGGCUUAAUGCAAUGUCCAAAAAAUAUUAUGCAAAGAUGUCUGGAUAUUUUAGAAAAUGAUUACUAUUUUUAUUUUGCAUUUGAAAAUGCUAUUAGUGAAGAUUACGUCACAGAAAAAGUUCUGCAUGCCCUAGGCCAUAACACGGUGCCCGUGGUUUUUGGCGGUGCGAAUUAUUCUAGAUUUUUACCACCCGAUUCAUAUCUGGACGCCAUUAAUUUAGGAGCUGAAAAAUUGGCAAAAAAAAUGAAUGAUUUGAUUUUGCAUCCCGAUAUGUACUAUAAAUAUUUUCAUUGGAAAAAACACUAUUCGUAUCAUUUGAGACAUGAGGAUCCAAGUACUGAUGACUACUGUCAAUUUUGUUCCAUGAUAAAUGAUGACAUUUUAAGGAAUAAAAAUACAAUCUAUGAGAACUUUGAUGAAUGGUGGAAAUAUGUAGAUGAUUGUCCUUUCUCUUCAAUGUAUACUAUCUAAGGGAAUCUCUAAAAAUGAAACAACUUAAUUAUUAUAAGAUGUUUUAAUUAUAUUGUAUAACAAACAAGUUAUUAAAAAUUUUCUCUUAUCCAAAUUACAA